AUGGUAGUUACUCCGAUUAUUGUUGCUUAUUUUACUGCUUGGUCGAUUUAUCAACGAUCAUAUAUAGUUACUGAUAUCCCAGGAGAUAAAAUAACACAUAUUAAUUAUGCAUUUGCAAACAUUGGUUCAGAUGGACGUAUUGCUCUUGGUGAUUCAUGGGCAGAUAUAGAGAAGGAUGCAUUUCAUUUUCGUUACAAUUCGACAAGUUAUCAAGAUGAUCUACUCAUAAAUGCUUUUGAAAGAUAUUAUCAAUUAAUUUUCUUUCCACAAACCUAUUUGCAUUAUUUAUUAAAUAAAUCUUCAAUAAAUCAAAAUGCUUUCAAAUAUAAUCUUGACAAAAUAUUAUUCAAAGCUAAUGAUACAAUUAUGCUUAACCAUCUCAAUGUUAAUAUUCAACAAUCAUCUGAUCAAUGGCUAACUCUUCAAUCAAAUGGAACUUAUAAUUUAUUUACAAAUAUUCUGAUUAAUAAUUCAAAAAGAUAG